CCGCGAUCCCACCCCGCCUCCCACCGCAGCUCCCCCGGAGCCGCGGUCCCACGGCCGGGCCUGGGCACUGCUGCCCCAGGGGCAGCGGGUGGGAGGUGCGGCCCAGGGCCCCCCUGUGCCGGUACCUGCUGUGCCGGCGGCCCCCGCGGCCCGUCCCUGUUCCCGUCGCCGGUCCCGGCCCGCUCCCGGCGCUCUCGGGGCCGCGGGGCAGCGCCCGGCGCUGCGGGGCCAUCGCGCCUCCUCCGCGGCGAGCGAUGCGCUCGGCGCGCUUCGCCCUGGCCUGCCCUGCCUGGGGAGCGCGCUCGGCCGGGCGGGAGGAUCCGGCCCAGGGCCGGGGGCGGCGGAGGGGCGGCUGCGGGACAGCGGGAAACCGGGACAGCGGGACACGGGGACAGCGGGACGCGACCUGGCAGCGCCGGGACAGCGGGGCCGGGGCGGCGGGCCGCAGGCCGGCAGUGUGUGCGGGGCACGGCGGCGGCAGCCCAAAGCAAUCGAGGCCGGAGCAUGCGGCGGCGCCUGGUGCACCUGGACCUGAAGGGCGCCGCGCCCCGCGCGCCGUACCUGGAACAGGUGAGGGAGGGACCUGGGGCGGGUGCCGGAUUUACCAGGCACAGGUGAGGAACAUGCCUGGCGCAGGUAAGGGGUGUACCUGGGGCAGGUGGGGAACAUACUUGGCACAGGUGAGGAGGGGAUGGGGACAACAGGACUCAUCCCGGCCCGGCCGCUCCCCCGCUGUCCCCUCCCUCCCGCAGGUGCUGCCGCUGUUCCGUGCCCUCGGUGCCACCGGGCUGCUGCUGGAAUAUGAGGACACCUUCCCGUAUACGGGGCCGCUGGAGCCGCUGCGGGCACCGCACGCCUACAGCCCCGCGGAGCUCCGGGCUGUGCUGAGCCGGGCGCGGGCGCAGGGCCUGGACGUGGUGCCGCUGGUGCAGAGCUUCGGGCACAUGGAGUUUGUGCUGAAGCACAGGGAGUUCGCUCAUCUGCGGGAGGUGCCGGCGCUGCCCAACGCCCUGAACCCGCACAAGGAGGAGUCUCUGGCGCUGGUCAAGGCCAUGAUUGACCAGGUCAUGGCCCUGCACGAGGGCCUGGAAUGGUUCCACAUCGGAUGUGAUGAGGUCUACUACCUCGGUGAAGGAGAGGAGUCAAAGCAGUGGCUGCAGCAGCCAGACAACACCCCAGAGAAGCUGUGCUUGGCCCACAUAAAGGCAGUUGCCAGUUGUGUGGCCUCAUCUUACCCCAGGGUGACUCCCAUCGUGUGGGACGACAUGCUCAGGGGGAUGAGUGAGGAAACACUGGCAGACUCCGGGGUCCCACAGCUGGUGCAGCCCAUGAUCUGGGACUAUGCAGCCGACCUGGAUGUGGAGGGCAAAGUGCAGCUCCUAGAGAAGUAUCGGAGAUGUGGCUUCUCCAAGGUGUGGUUUGCAAGUGCCUUUAAAGGAGCCACAGGAGUGAAUCAGUCCCUCACACUUAUUGGGCACCACCUGAAGAACCAGCUGGAGUGGCUGGAAGUGGCCAGCAGGACCCCCCCUGAUGUCCUUGAAGGUAUCGCCCUGACCGGCUGGCAGAGGUAUGAUCACUUCUCUGUUUUGUGUGAGCUUCUCCCAGUGGCAAUUCCAUCCCUGGCUGUGUGUCUGCAGGCACUAAAGAAUGGUGGCUACUCUGAAAAGGUUAAAGAAAAUGUGGAAAAGCUCCUGGGAAUGUCUAACCUGGAGAUUGAUACUUACAUGAGCACCAGUCUGGGCACCUUUCCUGGGAGCAACAUCCUCACCCUUGUGACACAAGUGAGCUUCUACCUCAAGUCAUCAGUGGAUGAACUUCUGGAAAGGAACAGGUAUGUCACAGGCUGGUUCAGCCCCUACCACAGGAAAAGGAAGAUUAUUCAUCCUAUAAUAAUGCACCUCUUCCAGCCAGAUGCAGUCAGUCUCCUCUCCAAGUGGAAUGCUGUGGUGCAAGACCUCCAAGCAGCCAUGGAGCAAGUUUUCCACCAGUGUGCUAUAGAGGAGUGGAUGGAGGAGAACGUCCACCCCAGCCUGCAGAAGCUGCAGCAAGUGGUGGAUGAUUUAGAUGAAGCAAUAAAAGCACAAAAUUAGGGGCACUUCAAUUAGUCUGUCUCAUUCCAUGGGAAAACACGGCUAGUGGAAAUCACCAACUAGUCAUUGAGCUGGAGUUUGUCAUCUGGAGAGCUGAACUGUGAUUAAACAACAGUGACCUGAGGGCAAGAAGGAAUUUACUGGUGUAAUAGACUUCAAGUCUAUUUUAAUCUUCCUGUCUUAACAUACACUGAGCCUUAAUUCACCUGCCCUGUAAGUCAGGUUUGCUGCCCUUGCAUAACAGAAUGCAGGAUCACAACUCUGGAAAAAAACCCAGUUUCUUCCACAUUCAGUAUUUGUAGCAAUAGAGUUUCUUACUUAACAAUACCUGGAAAAGUUCUACAAGUUCUACUCCAGUCAGUGCCCAGCAUGUCCACCCUUUGCAAUUUCUAUAAAAAGAAAUAUUUAGGAUACUUACACCAUGCUUUAGGUCCUUUUGUUCUGUCCUGCCACUCCUCCAUGUGUCAGCUGUGCUGUGUCCUGCCAUUCCAUCACCAGUCCUUCCACAGCAGGGAGCAGUUCCAGAUUUUGGGUUGGAUUUUUUCAGUCUUUGAAACACAUAAAAGCCUGGGGCUUAAAUCCUGCUUUGAUUAGCCUGAGGUCAGGGAUUAACAUCCAGCCUUUUGCAGAGGUCUGAGCAAGGCCCUGUCAGGUGCUGACAGGUCACAGCAGAGGCAGGAGGGGACAGGUUCCAUUCCAGGCCAGAGCCAGAGGGAGCUCCAGGAAUAGUGACCCUUGGACUUGGAGUGAAAACUGCCAAACAAACAUUGGGCUGCUUCACUGGCUGCCAAAGCAUCAGUUAACCUCAGCUUAGUCUCAUUCCCACAGAAAAGCACCAUCCCACUCUCUAAGGCACCUGAUGAGCUCUGUAAAACCUGAAACUGCAGGUUUGUCCCAGUUUGAGGCAUGACUUGAAGUUACUAAAUAUGAGGAAAAAAUGCUGGUUUAUUCUGCUUUAAUAUCAAACUUUUCAUAUUGUGUGGCAAUAUAUUUUGUGGACGUAACUGGAGCAAUAAGAUAAACACCACAGUGGAAAUAAUUCAGAAGUCUGGUAGUUAAAUACAUCACCAUGAAUAUUCAAAAUAUUUACUUGUGCUUCACUUAUUCCUUUAAAUUAUUUUUUUUUUUUAGAAGCACAGGUAUUGAAAUUCUCUUGGAACAAUCUCUAGAUUCAGAAAGUACAAGUACAGCAUAAGACAAACUUUAACUUUCUCAAUGAGAGCCUCAGUGAUUAGGUCCACAUGCAGAUUUUAUUCUAAAAACAAGCAAUUGCUAUGCAGACCUUAAUUACAAAAGUUACAUGCCUUGAACUAAACAAGAUCUUAACUUAUUUUCCUUGAAUAAAUCCUUUGAUACUCAAAA